AUGGCAAAGUACAAACAUUCGCACAAACAUUCUUCUUGUGCCAUAACUUCAUUUAUUCAAAUUUACCUUGCGUUCCUAUGCCUGCUUCUCUCCUGCAAGUUUGUCGCCUCUAUCGAAUAUCGUUCGAUUGACGGUACAGGUAACAACAAGCUGUUUCCUACCGCUGGUGCAACGAAUGACAAAUAUCUUCGUGUUGACUUGCCCAAUGCAAACUUUGUUGAUGGAAAUCGCCAGCCUUUGAAAACACCAACCGAUGGAGUAUUGCCAGGUACUGCCGUGAAGGCAAGCUGUACUGAUCAAUUAGCAGCAGAUGUAUUUCCACUGCCAAGAUGUGUGUCGAACAUUGUGACGAGGUAUGGAACAAAUCUUAUAAUCAACGACAAUAAAACCCCCAUUUAUAAAAGUGUUCGUAAAACUUCACACAUGAUCACAUUUUUUGGGCAAUAUAUCUCCUACGACACGAGCGCUGCAGUUGAAUAUGCCGAACCGACUUAUAUAUUUGCACCUCUUGAUGACGCAAACUAUAAUCCUCCUGGCUCCCCUCCUGCAAACAUAAUGACUGCAG